AUGAAUAACUUCAAGAUUUUGUUAAUAUGCACAGCGUUUUCCUAUAUCGGAGCAGAAAUUCAGAUGUUAAUCAACCCUGUUAAUUUGCCUGAGAAUCAGCUUCCUGGAACAGAACUAAGCCGAGCUUAUGACAAAGAUGUGGCUGGGAGACCAAACGCCUACCGCUUUUUGAAUAAAACGAAGUAUUUUGUCAUCGAUGCAAAUUCUGGCGUCAUCACAUCUACAAAAAUCUUUAAUUAUGAAACAGAUCCAACCAGGUUUCUACUUAUAGUGGAUACUGGAGGAGACAUGAGACACGUUUUGACCAUUUAUAUAAAUGAUGUCCCGGAACCUCCAGACUGUAAUAUUGACCCACUUUUUUCUUCAGGCUCAGCUACAUUUGAAAUUGCUGAGGACCAUCCACUCUUUCAACCCAUUUAUAAAGUGAGCGCAGCAGAUGAAGACACUGCCCAUGGUGACAGGCUGACCUACAACAUCGAGACAGAGUUAUCUGGGCCAAAGAGGGGAGCAAACUCCUUUGGAGUAGAUCCUGUAAAUGGUGUUGUUAGCUUAAGAGGUGAAGAUGUCUUGGACUUUGAUGCUGGAUAUCACACUUUCCAGCUGUCAGUGAGAGUGACAGAUACAGAAGGUUUGUUCUGUCAAUGGACAAUAAUUAUCAAUAUUAGAGACAUAAAUGAUGAGACACCUCAAUUUGAGCCAUUUCCUAUGGAUUCGAUUAAUGUGACUGAGAAGAAACCCAUUGGCGAUUUUGUCGCAAGGGUGAAAGCCACAGACCGUGAUGAAGAUAGCAGCAUCACGUAUUCCUUUAAGACCCAGCAGGAAAUGUUUGGUUUAGACCCUAUCACAGGUAUAAUCACUCUUCUUCAACCUUUGAAUCUUGACAAUCCAAGUAACUCCAGAAUCUACCAUUUGGAAGUUGAAGCCCGAGAUGAUGGCAACAACACCAGCUCGUAUACGUUCACAGUUUUUGUGGACAACGCUGACGAUCCUAUUUCCUGUGAUCCAAGUUUUUCAACAGGCACGGGUGUUUCAGUGUCUGUUGCCGAAAAUAUCCCCUCAUCCGCUUUCAUAUAUGCAAUACUUUCAAGAGAUCCAGAUCUGGGACAAGAGGUUGAACUUUUCCAGUAUGUAAUCGCUGUGAGAAAUAGGGACAGCCUGUCUCUGGAGUCAUGUGUUGGCACCAUCACUAUAAACAUCCAAAAUGUUAAUGAUGAGAGUCCUGUUCUGAUAUACAGACCGGAGGCUCCUAUAAAUAUUAAUGAAAAUCUGCCUAUUGGAACAAAGCUGGCCAAGUUCACGGCAACAGAUAGAGAUAUAGCGGAUACAGUACAUUAUGAAUUCAUAGGUACACAGAAAGAGUUUGCUAUAAAUGAAGACUCUGGAGAAGUCACUGUUGCCUAUCCAUUAGACUAUGAAGAUGACACAACCCCAAAAUCUUGGGUAUUAUAUGUUAGAGUUUACGACAAUGAUCGAACACAUUCAACAACUGGGACACUCACAGUGAUUCUUCAGGAUGUAAAUGAUAACCCUCCACAAUGCUCUCAGGAAAUUUAUGUAAUUGAUCUUCCUGAGACCAUCCCAGUUGGCACCCCUUUAGUCUCCCUAACAUGUACAGAUCAGGAUGGAACUACUCCGAACAACAAUAUAACUUAUCAGUUGAUUAAAGACACUUUUUCAAACAAAACCUUUACUCUUACAAACAGUGAACUAAAAAUCGGACCUAUGCAUCUAGAUUAUGAUAGUACAACUUUUGCAGGAAUGGACUUUAAACACACAUUGUUUGUAAGAGUGUCUGAUGAAGGUUUUCCUGUACUCUCAACCAUCAUUAGAAUCAUAUUAAGAGUGAGCCGUAUAAAUGAACACAAUCCUAUUGGGUCUAUGAUGACAUUUAGCUUCAGUAUAUUUGAAAACAGUCCAAUUGAUUCUCUAGUUGGAAAAAUUACCUUUAAGGAUGAAGACUGGCCACAUAACAAUAUACACUAUACCAUCAUUGGGGGCAACUUUGGAAUACCUCCAAAAUUUUACAUCGAAUCAGAUACAGGGAUGAUAAAGCUGUUGAAUUCACUGGACAGGGAAGCAGCUUCUCAGUAUAAGAUAGCUGUGAGAGUCACAGACAUGGGGAAUGAUGCCCUCCCUGACCCUCUCAGGCAGAGAACCGCUACUGCUCAGGUGACCAUCCACGUUCUGAAUGUAAAUGACGAGCCUCCAGUAUGCACACCGCCACACAUAGAGACUCAGAUUUUUGCCACCUUUAGGGGUCCUUUCGUUCGCCUCAGGUGUUCAGACAAGGACUCUCCACAGGAUCAUCUAAGCUAUUCAAUCAUAGAAGGAAACAAAAACAAUCAGUUCACACUUUGCAGAGAAGGGGCUGAGUCUCCACUUCUGGCCACCAGGCAAGAUUUCCAGUAUGAUCUAUUAGAAGGAGCUCAAGAUGUAUUGACUUUCCAGUUACUUAUUGAAGUCACCGACGAACUAGGCGGGAAUGCAACUAGUCAGCUGACAGCCACCACUACAGUCAUAAUUCAUGUGCUUCCCUGGACUACAACACGGCCAACUUCUUCCAUGAAAACAACUACUACAACUACUAUUACUACCUCUGUCUUAAGGAAGAUCUCGUAUUACUGGAGACCUGACAGCUGGUUUCCAGUGGUGCUCACGCUCGGAGGAGUUCUUCUCGUGAUGUGUCUUUACGCAGUUUCAUGGUGCCUCUGCAAAGAUGUUCCUGCCUGCUCAAGACUAUUUCCUCACUGUCACAGAUAUCAACCAAGUCUCACUGAGAAGGAUGCUAUACAGGUACCAAGUGACAGAAAUGUAGUGUCUACUGAACAGCCAGACAAGGGGAUGAAAAGAAAAUUAUUUCAAUGGAAGACAUUUUGA